GCAAUUUUGAUGAAUUGAGAGCUCGUUCCGUCUGCGGUUUGUAGUUCAGGUUCAGAUUCAGAAUAAAUAGUGAACUUUGGGGAAAGGAUGUGAAAAAAAGAAAAUUUGUACACGUUAAUCGAUUCAAUUUGGAUUUUGCAAAAUCUUACAGUAAUCGUCAGUGAUAAUAGUGGUCCUUUUAUCGCGUAUCGUUCGUGCUUUAUUCCAUAUUGAUAAAAUUUCUGUGCGAAGAUUUCCAGUUGUAACGCAAAAUGAAUAGCUCGUAAAUUAUCGUUUAAUCACUAAAAUAUGGAGUUAAGAGUUGGAAAUAAGUACAGACUCGGUCGAAAGAUUGGCAGUGGCUCAUUCGGAGACAUCUAUUUAGGUACAAACAUAUCUACGGGUACAGAAGUAGCAAUUAAAUUAGAAUGUGUUCGAACAAGGCAUCCGCAACUUCAUAUAGAAUCAAAAAUAUACAAAAUUAUGCAACAAGCUGCUGGAAUACCGGAAAUCAAGUGGUGUGGUUCGGAAGGUGACUAUAACGUUAUGGUGAUGGAGCUUCUGGGACCCUCUUUAGAAGAUCUCUUUAAUUUUUGUAGUAGACGAUUCACUUUAAAGACUGUACUAUUGCUCGCGGAUCAAAUGAUUUCCAGAGUAGAUUAUAUCCAUAAUCGAAAUUUUAUUCACCGUGAUAUAAAACCAGAUAAUUUUCUAAUGGGUCUAGGACAGAAAGGAAAUUUGGUCUACAUUAUUGAUUUUGGUUUAGCGAAAAAGUAUCGAGACGCGCGUACUUUAUCGCAUAUACCAUACCGUGAAAAUAAAAAUUUAACAGGAACCGCUCGUUACGCUUCAAUUAAUACACAUCUCGGUAUAGAACAAAGUAGAAGAGAUGAUCUGGAAUCUUUAGGAUACGUGCUUAUGUAUUUUAAUCGUGGCUCAUUACCGUGGCAAGGCUUGAAAGCAGCGACCAAGAAGCAGAAAUACGAACGCAUUAGUGAAAAAAAGAUGUCCACUUCGGUAGAAGAAUUAUGUAAAGGUUAUCCGACGGAAUUUUUGACAUAUUUGCUGUAUUGUCGAGCUCUAGGAUUUGAAGAAGCUCCAGACUAUUCGCAUCUUAGACAAAUCUUUCGUAGUUUAUUUCAUCGACAAGGUUUCUCAUACGAUUACGUAUUCGAUUGGAAUUUAUUGAAAUUUGGAGGUUCGAGACAAGGACAUAGUAAUAUUCACGAAGAUCGAUCUGGUAAAAUAUUUCAAAAUGAGCAAGAUAACGGCGAAGGAGACGCGCGAAUGAUCAGUAACCGUUUUCGCAAUUCGUCGACAGCCGCGCAACAACCUUUGAUUCCCACUAUGCAACAGCCUUUAAUUCCUACUAGUAGAGGGCGAGGAUUUGCCUUGAUUCCAUUCGGCGAACCGCAACAGUCUCACGAAAGGCGUCGUUACGUUGCUGACCGAUCUCGGGCUAGUGGCAUUGCUGUACCGGCUACUACCAGUGCCGCAACCCUAGAUCUCAGUAAUCCGCGAUUCAAUAAUACUACUUGUCCUCUUUCUUCGAUGCCGUCGCAGAGUGGUAUCAAUACGGCGACCGAUAGUCAAACACCAAAAUCUUUACCAAUAUCCAGUAGAAAUCGUUCUGCGAAUUCAUUUGCAAAACAAACCGUGAAAUAAUCGAAUCAAUUAGUACAUAUUUUUUGUAACCGCCGCCUUGACGCGCAAACGGUCUAGUGUAAUAUCGUAUUUUGCAAAAUGACUUCAAAGUUGAACUUCUUCUUUCUUUCUCUGCCUCUUCUUUGUAAAUCAUUGUUUUUAUAUUAUUAAAGGUUUUAAUUUUCCCCAAA